GCCAUCUUGGUUCCAGGCCCUCCCCUCCCCUCCUCCCGCGGCCCCUCCCGCCCGCCUCCCCCGCGGCCCUAGGCGCGCGCCUUUCCCGGCCGCUGCUCAGCCAUGGCCCCGCAGACGAGUGCGGACCUCGCCGCCGCCGCCAGCGACGCGGAGGCCGACCGCAUCCCCGAGCAGGUGCAGAUGGGCGCCCCGCCUCCGCUGAGCACGGAGGCCGACCGCAUCCCCGAGCAGGUGCAGAUGGGCGCCCCGCCUCCGCUGAGCACGGAGGCGGGCGGGGGGCUCGCCGGGCCGGGCGAGGCCCUGAAGGGCGGCGCGGCCGGAGACACGCCGUCGACGCGGACCUCGGGCGAGGGGUCCGCCUGCGGGUUCUCGAGCUCGGCCGAGGACACCAUCUUCAUCGCCGGGCAGUGCCACGGGGGCCGCCCCCCUUGGCACUGCCUGGCCAUCUUCGACUGGGACGACACCGUGCUGCCUUCCACGUGGGUGCAGGGGCAGGGCCUGCGGCUGGACGGCAGCUCCCGCCUCACGGCGGCGCAGCGGGAGGAGCUCGCGGAGGUCGCGAGGGCGGCCGCCGAGACGCUCGCCGCCGCGAAGCAGCACGGCGAGGCGCGGACAAGGGCAGCCUCGGAGGAGGGGCAGAGACCGAUGCCUCGAGCGCAGUGCGGGCGCGGCCGCAAGAACGCCUCGCAAGAAGCCCAACCCUGAAGACCCGCCCCAGG